AGCGCGGCCGCCAUGGCCGCCCGCCGGAAGGGCCCCGCGCUCCCGCUGACGCGCGUCCGGGCCCGCCGCGCCUCGGGCGACGGAGAGAGAGCGGCGGCAGCAGGAGGAGCGAGAGAGCCGGGAGCCGCAGGGAGCCGCCGCUGCCAUGGUGCUGCCGCUCCGUGCGCUCCUGGCGGGCCGCCGGCGGCUCCCCCGUGCCGCUGCCCGCCGCCUCUGCCCGCUUUCCCCUCUCUCCGCUCCUCUCCCCGCAGCUCCGGCGCGGCUCUGCUCGGGCCAGGCGGAGGCGGCCGGCGGGGACGGGGCGAUGCUGCGGCACCUGGCGCGCAAGCUGCGGGCCAGCGGGCCCGUCACGGUGGCCGAGUACAUGCGGGAGGCGCUCACCAACCCCGGGCAGGGCUACUACACGCGCCGCGGCGGCGUCGGCGAGAGCGGGGACUUCAUCACCUCGCCCGAAAUAAGCCAGGUGUUCGGAGAGUUAAUAGGAAUAUGGUACAUUAGUGAAUGGAUGGCCAUGGGCAAACCCAGCACCUUCCAGCUGGUGGAGCUGGGCCCAGGGAGGGGCACCCUCACUGAGGAUAUCUUGCGGGUCUUCAAGCAGCUGGCCUCUGUUCUUAGUAAAUGUGAUGUCUCUGUCCAUCUGGUAGAAGUGAGCCCCAAACUCAGUGAGAUCCAAGCAGUGAUGCUGACAGGAGGGAAGGUGCAGCCAAACCCUGAGGAUGAGUCUGCUUACAUGAAAGGCAUUAGCAAGACUGGAAUUCCCAUUUUUUGGUACAGAGACAUUCAAGAUGUGCCACCAGGUUACAGCUUUUACCUAGCACAUGAAUUCUUUGAUGCCCUGCCAAUACAUAAGUUUCAGCGAACAGAGAAAGGCUGGCGUGAGGUGUUGGUUGACAUUGAUCCAGAAGUUCCUGACCAGCUGCGGUUUGUCCUGUCACCAUCCAGGACCCCUGCGACACAAAACUUUAUUCAGCCAGAAGAAACAAGAGACCACGUGGAAGUGUGUCCUGAGGCUGGUGUCAUUGUGCAGAGGCUUGCCUCUCGCAUAGAGAAGGAUGGUGGGGCUGCUCUGGUUGCAGAUUACGGCCACGACGGAACCAAAACUGACACUUUCCGGGGUUUCAGGAAUCACAAACUUCACGAUGUGCUGAGUGCUCCAGGGACAGCAGACCUGACAGCAGAUGUUGAUUUCAGCUACCUGCGAAAGAUGGCACAGGGCAAAACUGCUACCUUAGGCCCCAUAAAACAGCGGGAGUUUUUAAAGAACAUGGGCAUUGACCUCCGACUGCAGGUGCUCUUGCAGAAUUCUGGUGACACAGCAACUCGUGAGCAGUUACUUCACAGCUAUGAUAUGCUGAUGAAUCCUGAGAAGAUGGGGGACUGUUUUAAUUUUUUUGCCCUGCUGCCACACCACAGACUUGUACAUCCUGAUAAGAAAGACAAGCCAGAAUCAAAGUCUCCUCUACCACCUGUUGCUGGAUUUAAUGAACUGUUACUAAAGUAACUUCAAAUACUAUCAGAAUGUGUGAUGGCUGUUUCAGAGUAAGUGUGGUGCAGCACACCAAACCUCUUGACUGACCUACUCAAAGCAGUAUGAGUGGAAAUAACACUGCACGUAGAGAAACCAGCACAACAGAAUAGAGAAUGAACAAUGGUUUGGGGGUCUUACGAUAAAACUGAGUGAAAUAUUAAGUAGUGGAAGCAAAACUUGUCAAUAACGAACAGAUGCACUAAGGAGUCUUUAAAUGUAUUCACACUUUGUUACUUGAAUAAAAUCAAGAUGCCUUGACAUCUCUGAAGAUAUUUUUAUAAAGAGAAUAGUGACAGGAUGCAUGUAAAAGGAGUUCCUGCUGGCAGAAUUUCCACAGCAUGACAUACCUAAUAACAAAACCACAAGCAAGAAAGUAUAGAACCAUUUACUCCCAAGAACACUUGAUAGGAGAGAUCAUUCACAUAAAUAAAAAGAACUAGUCUGAUAGGGAAAUAAAUUUUAUUUUCAAGCUUACCAGAGGAUAUUUACAAACAAUGGGAUGUAUAAAAAUAUAAAAGUACUUGACAGUGUCAUUUUGUGGCUAUAAAUUUUACAUGAGCUUUUUUCUAGCAUCACCAUAGCACUAUUGCUUGAACGAACGCAACUUAAUUCAUCUAGGGGUAAGGGUAUUAAACACUGUAACCUACUGCUGUCAAAGUCUGCAGUAAAGGUAGAAAAAAAGGAAUAAAAAACUCAGCUAUUUUUACUACUCUAGGAAAUUUAUUCAUAAUGUAAAUCUGUUUUUUUUUUGGUUUCUUGACUACUAGCUGCUUGUGGCUUCUAUUGUCUGGCCCCAUAAGUCUGCAUAUGAUCAGGCACUCUCCUCCAGAGGCCAAAAGCAUUAUUUUUAUUUUAAUACAACUUGAAGAAUAAAUAGCUCAUAUAAUCUUUUAAAGCAGAGCAGACUUCAUGGGGAGAGACAAAAGCCAGGCCUUCUACUUCAUUAUUGUCCCCUCCUUCCUUUAUUCCUAUUGUGCUUUUUCAAGUGACUGAGCUGCUUUAUUUCUUCCCUUAAAACAACACAAAC